GAUGCUGUCUGGAAACAACAGCUGUAGAAAAGGAAGGAUGUUAUGAGAAAACGAUGAGAAGUUAAAGACAGCAGGGAGAUAUUUCCUCCUAGGAGCAAAGUGCAAAGAAUUCACCAAUCAUGCUGGGUACGACGCGCUUCUCCAGCGACUGCUGGAUGGGAGGAAGAUGUGCAAAGAUGUGGAGGACUUAAUCAAACAAAGGGCACAGGCAGAAGAACGGUAUGGGAAGGAGCUGGUGCAAAUUGCUCGGAAAGCAGGAGGCCACACAGAAGUCAAUACUCUGAGAGCUUCGUUUGACAUCCUCAAACAACAAAUCGAAAGCGUUGGGAACUCUCACAUCCAGUUGGCAGCGAUGCUGAAGGAUGAACUGAAGGGCCUCGAAGAAUUCAGAGAAAGGCAGAAGGAACAAAGGAAAAAGUACGAGAGUACGAUGGAACGGGUGCAUAAGAACAAGCUCUCAAUGUAUAAGAAAACCAUGGAGUCAAAGAAGACCUACGAACAGAAAUGCAAAGACGCCGAUGAGGCCGAGCUGGCCUUUGACAGGAUAAGUGCUGCAGGCAAUCAGAAGCAGACGGAAAAGAGUCAGGCCAAAGCAAAGCAAUGCAAAGAGGCUGCAAGUGAAGCAGAAAGAGCGUAUAAGCAGAACAUUGAAAUGCUGGAUCAGGCCAGGUCUACCUGGGAGCAGGAGCAUGUGAGCACUUGUGAGGCUUUUCAGCUCCAGGAAUAUGACCGGAUUACCAUCCUACGGAAUUCCCUGUGGGUCCACUGCAAUCAGCUCUCCAUGCAGUGUGUGAAAGAUGAUGAGCUAUAUGAAGAGGUUCGACUGAACCUGGAGAAAUGCAAUGUAGAUACGGACAUGAAUUAUUUUGUUCAGAACAAGAUGACAGGAACAGAACCUCCAGCUGCGAUCGGCUAUGAAAACUAUUAUGACAGAGCUGUGCCUGCAAAAACCUGCAACAGCCCCAUCCAAACCUGUGGGAUGAUGAAGAGAUUCUCAGGCUUGCUCCAUGGGAACAAUCGACAAGUCACCGACAGUAUUAUUCCUACAGCACCCCCAACUGCUGAGAAAGCAGAUGGCGUUUAUGCAGACAUUCGUAUCCAGGAAACAGAUGGGGCUGUUCUGCCUGAGAACUACACCGUGCUCUACGAUUAUACAGCUCAGAAUGAGGAUGAACUGGAUAUUCAAGCCGGAGAUGUUGUUACUGUCACGGAUGUGGGUGACGAUGGCUGGUGGACUGCAGAGCUGAACGGAAAACAAGGAUUUGUGCCUGGAUCUUACUUGGAGAAACUUUGAUAAGAGGAGCACUCCUAAAUGUUUUAUCUCUCCUCCACAAACCUGAAAUAUCUUUUAAAGUAUUUCUUUUUAUUGUUUGUAUAUACUUCGUAUGCACUUAACCACAAGAUCCAGUUUGGAUUGUGAUUCUGAAAACAGAUUGAUUUGGCUGCUUUGGGCAGUUUUUUCUACAUUAGAAUCUCUGUUCACAUAUUCAGAUCUUUGUGUAUGACACUGAAAAAUCAACAAAUAAUUAUGAUUCUCAUCCCUCCCCUUGUUACGACUGAAUAAAAUCUGUAGGGAUAGGAAGCCAUGAGGAGGGGAGUAUACAAAACCACCACCACCACAAAAAAAUUACAGGUGUGGGAUUUUGGGGAUAUAGAUCUUUUAACUUCUGAUAUAGGUAUUUGAAAAUAGCUGAUCUUCUCUGCCAUCAGACUUAGGCUUACUAAAAGAAAAGAGAUAACAUGGCAGCCAACAAAGCUGCUAGAAAAGACAACUUAACAGCAAAUGACACACAUUUGUUUUGCUGCAAUGUAUUCAUUUAUUCUUAUCCAGUGGGUGUGUUCCUAAAUGAUCUGGUUGUGUUGAAAUAAAAGCAGCAUUUUAAAAUA